AGGCGGAAGUAGCCGCUGGCAUGGCGGCGGCCUUGCCGCUUGCUGUGCUCGUGCUGCUGCUCCUGGGGCCCGUGGGCAGGGGGCAUGCAGAGCCCCCACGCGACACCCUGCGGGAGGAGCUCGUUAUCACCCCGCUGCCUUCUGGGGACGUAGCCGCCACAUUCCAGUUCCGCACGCGCUGGGAUUCGGACCUGCAGCGGGAAGAAGUGUCUCAUUAUAGGCUAUUUCCCAAAGCCCUGGGGCAGUUGAUCUCCAAGUAUUCUCUACGAGAGCUGCACUUGUCAUUCACGCAAGGCUUCUGGAGGACUCGGUACUGGGGGCCACCUUUCCUGCAGGCCCCAUCAGGUGCAGAGCUCUGGGUCUGGUUCCAAGACUCCGUCACUGACGUGGAUAAAUCUUGGAAGGAGCUCAGUAAUGUCCUCUCGGGGAUCUUCUGCGCCUCUCUGAACUUCAUCGACUCUACCAACACGGUCACUCCCACUGCCUCCUUCAAACCCCUGGGGUUGGCCAAUGGCACUGAUCAUUCUUUCCUACGCUACGCUGUGUUGCCACGAGAGGUCGUCUGCACGGAGAACCUCACCCCGUGGAAGAAGCUCUUGCCCUGUAGCUCCAAGGCAGGCCUGUCUGUGCUGCUGAAGGCCGAUCGCUUAUUCCACACCAGCUACCACUCCCAGGCAGUGCAUAUCCGUCCUGUGUGCAGAAAUGCGCGCUGUACCAGCAUCUCUUGGGAGCUGAGGCAGACCCUUUCCGUGGUAUACGAUGCCUUCGUCACAGCACAGGGGAAGAAAGACUGGUCCCUCUUCCGGAUGUUCUCCCGAACCCUUACAGAGCCCUGUCCCCUGGCUUCAGAGAGCCGAGUCUAUGUGGACAUCACCAGCUACAACCAGGACAAUGAGACGUUGGAGGUGAACCCGCCCCCAACCACCACAUACCAGGACGUCACCCUCGGUACCCGGAAGACCUACGCCAUCUACGACUUGCUUGACAUGGCCGUGAUCAACAGCUCCCGUAACCUCAACCUCCAGCUCAAGUGGAAGAGCCCUCCCGAGAAUGAGACCCCUCCGGCACCCUUCCUGCACGCCCAGCGAUAUGUGAGUGGCUACGGGCUGCAGAACGGAGUGCUGAACACGCUGCUGUACAACACCCACCCGUACCGGGCCUUCCCCGUGCUGCUGCUGGACGCCGUGCCCUGGUACCUGAGGCUCUACGUGCACACCCUCACCAUCACCUCCAAGGGCAAGGAGAGCAAACCGAGUUACGUCCACUACCAGCCCGCGCAGGACCGGCUGCAGCCGCACCUCCUGGAGAUGCUGAUCCAGCUGCCGGCCAACUCGGCCACCAAGGUCUCCAUUCAGUUUGAGCGGGCGCUGCUCAAGUGGACCGAGUACACCCCGGACCCCAACCACGGCUUCUACAUCAGCCCGUCUGUCCUCAGUGCCCUCGUGCCCAGCGUGGUGGCAGCCAAGCCCGUGGACUGGGAGGAGAGCCCCCUCUUCAAGACCCUGUUCCCAGCGUCGGACAGCUCGAGCCAUUUUGUGCGCCUCUACACGGAGCCCCUGCUGGUGAACCUGCCCACGCCGGACUUCAGCAUGCCCUACAAUGUCAUCUGCCUCACGUGCACGGUGGUGGCCGUGUGCUAUGGCUCCUUCUACAAUCUCCUCACCCGAACCUUCCACAUCGAGGAGCCCAGCACGGGUGGCCUGGCCAAGCGGCUGGCCAACCUUAUCCGGCGCGCCCGUGGUGUCCCCCCGCUCUGAGAUUUGCCUCCACAGCGGGGCUGCUGUUUCUCUCUGGGGAGGGCUGGUGGUGACCCCAAGGGCUCUUCCUGCCACUCGCUCUCUUCAGAGUUGGCUUUUAAACCAAACUGCCCCUGGACGAGGCCAGGGCUUAGAUGCGCUGUGCAGUUCAGGAGCCACGAGCCAGAUGUGGCAUUUGAAUUUAAAUUCAUUUAAAUUAAAAAUUCAUUUCCUCUGCUG